UCUUGUUAUCCUGUGAUUCUGGAAAAGAAAUACUACUUGCCAUUUCUUAAAGUCUUAAGGUGUCUCGGCCUUCGAAGAAACUUCUGACCUUUGAGGCGCCUGCCCUGGUGACAAUCGUGUUUUUUUUACCACUAUAAUAAAAAUGACGAUGGUCCCGGGCAAAAUGGAUGCGGUGUCUGUGAAUAGGGUAUGGGAGGAGCACGUUAAGAAGGAGAACAGAGCACUGCAGCUUAACGACCAAUUUGCCAUUCCAAACCCGCGAAAAAUGGACAUCCUACCGGAAAAACCAAACAGGACAGUACCUACACCAAACCCCGACAAGACAACCGUGGAUGCUGCGACCGCAACGCUACAUAGCUUAGCUGCAGCGAAGGAUGUAGAUAAAGUCCCAGUCGAUCGAUUCGCUUUACCCAUAACGGGGAACAUGGAGUACGGGUUCUUCCAUCGAGUAACACCGGCGGCACCCAACGGCAUGUUCAACCACAAGCAUAAGCCUUGCGAGCUGACGGAUUACGCACAGGAGUACAUUAAGAGCUUUAACGGUGUAGGCCCGUACACCACCAGGCUCAACAAAUGAGGUCAGCACAGCGAUAUGUUAUUGUUGGUGGUGCACGGCCUCAAUAGUGAAGCGCUGGGGUCAGCAUGGAUUAUAGCAGAUGGGGAAGAUGUG